CGGGAAUAUUAUACUCUGUUCACUGGCGGUAAACGCGCGGCCAUUAAAACCUCACCGAGUGCACUCCGUGUAGAGACACAAACCAGGCAGGAAUACUCGAUCGGAUUCACAGAUAAAGCGAUGGCUACGAACGGCCUCGAGCGCAACAGCAGCGUCAAGCCUGUACCUGAUGAUAUUAAGGGGAAGAAAUCCCAACGAACUGUACAGGAGUUAAAAGCAAUUGAGAAAUGGCUUCCGAUGACCUCUUCGAGGAAUGCCAAGUGGUGGUAUUCGGCUUUCCACAAUGUCACUGCCAUGGUUGGUGCAGGAGUACUCGGCCUUCCCUAUGCCAUGUCUCAGCUUGGAUGGGGAUCUGGUGUUGCAAUGAUGGUGAUGUCAUGGAUAAUCACUCUAUACACACUGUGGCAAAUGGUUGAGAUGCACGAGAUGGUUCCGGGGAAGCGUUUUGACAGAUACCACGAGCUGGGGCAGGAGGCUUUCGGUGAAAAGCUGGGACUAUGGAUCGUCGUCCCGCAACAGCUGGUGGUUGAGGUCGCUGUGGAUAUCGUGUACAUGGUCACAGGUGGAAAAUCCCUCAAGAAAUUCCAUGACUUGGUCUGCAAAGACUGCAAAAACAUCAAACUCUCCUACUUCAUCAUGAUCUUCGGUUCCGUCCACUUCGUCCUCUCCCACCUUCCCAACUUCAACUCCAUCUCCGGGGUGUCUCUAGCAGCAGCAGUCAUGUCAUUGAGUUACUCCACCAUCGCUUGGGGGGCUUCUGUGGACAAAGGCGUGCAACCGAAUGUGGACUACAGCUACAGAUCUUCAUCGACUAGUGGCACUGUUUUUGACUUCCUGAGUGGGUUGGGUGAUGUGGCUUUCGCUUUUGCAGGUCACAAUGUGGUGUUGGAGAUUCAAGCCACUAUCCCUUCCACAUCUGAAGUCCCUUCCAAGGGACCCAUGUGGAGGGGAGUGCUUGUAGCGUAUAUCGUUGUGGCCUUGUGCUACUUCCCGGUUGCCUUCAUCGGCUACUGGGUGUUUGGAAACCUAGUGGAAGACAACAUUCUAAUCUCCUUGCAGAAACCUACCUGGCUCAUUGCUAUGGCUAACCUCUUUGUCGUUAUUCAUGUCAUUGGAAGUUAUCAGAUCUAUGCAAUGCCUGUUUUUGAUAUGUUGGAGACAUUGCUAGUUAAGAAACUGAACUUCAAGCCUACUUGGUACCUGCGUUUCAUUACAAGAAAUAUAUACGUGGCAAUUACAAUGUUUCUUGGAAUCACAUUUCCUUUCUUUGGGGGGCUACUCGGAUUCUUUGGAGGAUUUGCUUUUGCCCCGACGACAUACUUUCUCCCAUGUGUGAUGUGGCUAGCUGUUUACAAGCCGAAGAAAUACAGUCUUUCUUGGAUCACAAACUGGGUUUGCAUUGUCCUGGGAGUUCUCUUGAUGAUUUUGGCACCCAUUGGCGGGCUACGGAAUAUCAUCGUACAAGCCAAAGACUACAAAUUCUACUCUUAAUUUAAAACAGAAACUCG